AUGGACUACAAGAACUGGCAGAUUGCACAGACCAAGGUUGUUUCUCCUCAGACUGGCACACCGCCUGAACCCCCGAGUGGAGCACCAAACUUAAAAGAAGAUGCUAGAUGGAUUUACGAGCAUACGGUUGACACAGUCGGAAAUUCGUGUAAGCAUACCAUCCAGACUGGUGCGGAAAAUUCAGCUCAUUCAUUCAGCCGCUUUGCAAAGGCAUCAGUGCUGCAUUGGUUUCAUCGGUAUUUGUUGAAUCUCAAAAUUCCAAAAGCUUUUCAGCAUGAGAUGUUGUUCCGCGAAAUCGUUUUGCGAUGCUGCGUUAAUGAAAUGGAAAUGGAAACACAUCAAGGCAUGAUCUACAGCGGCACAGCGUUUGCAACGAAUCAUGAAAUGCACCAAAGGAAGUGUUUACAAGGUGCUGCGACACAAAACGUUGAAAAAAGUGAAAUGGAGUUAGUGUCGAACCAAGGGCGUGCUGAAAUGUCACGAAGGAAAUGUGUGGUUAGGAUCGAAACUGCGAUCGCGAUAACUAAGAUCUACGGCACACCGCCAUCGUCGGCUAUUCGGAUGAGUACAUCGCAGCUAUGGAAGCUCAAGCCGAUUUUUGCGCAUUUUUUAAUAAAUUUUUACAUCAUUCGC